AUGGCAAACUAUUAUAAUGUGAUUGAGUCACAAAAGGCACUUGAAUCGUUGUUGAUGAAGAAGAUGACUGAAUUUGAGAAGCAGCUCAAGGCAAGUAUCCCAGGAAGCAAUGUCAGUGUUGCCGGUCUUUAUGAUGAAUUCAACUGCUUCAAGGACCAUGUCUGGUCAAUAUUAAGCCUUCUGAGGCAACAGAUCUCUGAUCUCAAUCAAGUUGUUGAUAAUAUUGAAAUGAGACACCGAAGAAAGUAUCUGUUAUUUAAUGGUGUACCGGAGGAACCUAAUGAGGAUCUUUCAAAUUCUAUUUCUGAUAUCUGCAAUAAUAAGCUUGGUAUAAGAGAUGUAACCAAGGAUAAGAUUAUUGCUUGUCAUCGUCUUGGCAAACAUUCUGAGGGCAAACAUCGUCCCGUGCUUGUGAGGUUUGUCGACCUCAAUCUGAAAACUGCUGUGUGGAAGAAGAAGGCUAGUCUUAAGGGCUCCUCCUUUGUGCUGUCUGAGUUUCUAACCCACCAACGUCAGUCGUUGUUCUUGCUCGCGCGCAAAAGAUUAGGGAUGAAGAACUGUUGGACAUUAGACGGGAAUAUCAUUGCUAAGCUUCCCGAUGGCACCAGACAUCGUAUUGAUACCGAGGAGAGCCUUUCUAAAUUGACCGUAAAUACCGAUGUCACUGCUGAGGCACCUUCAAGCGGAAAUCAGGACUCAUCAUCAGGAUACAAUUCAAAACCCAAGCGAGCAGUGAGGGCAAAGAAAUAG